AUGGAGACCCACUCUGCAGUUCGUCGGCUGGGCGGGAGUCAGGUGCCCAUCGGCGGAGUGCUUCACAGCCCCCUCCUGCCGAUCGGCCGCAAACGCGUUAGGUUGAUGAGACGGCCGUGGGUCUGCAAGUCGCCGAUUGGACAGUGCCCGGGAGAGCUGUUGCGCACUGGGAAAGAGCACGAAUGGCAUGGAAUUGGAUUCUGCAUGGCGACUGUCGUUUGGGGGCAGCUGUUGAAGCCUGAAGGUUGGCGAAGACCAAAAGGAAGAAAGGGGGGCCUUGUGGGCGCAAGCGGGCAGCCAUUUUGGAGAGCGCCCCUGAAAACUAUAGAGUCUGAGCGGAAGCUGGCGAGCCCCCGCCUGCCAGCGGAUCUUCGGGCUCGGGUGUCUGCUGCUGUACAGAAGCUGGGCUUCCGUGUGACAGUCGGAGACGUUGCAGGGCAGGCAGGAGUAACUAUAGAAGAAGCUGAGGAAGCGUUGAAAGCUCUUGCUGCAGACUCUCUGGGUACACUAGAGGUGUCUGCGGGUGGCGAGGUUGUGUACGUCUUCGAAAAGAACUUCCAAAACAGUAUCCGAGCCAAGUCCAUUUCUCUUCGACUGGAACCUGCCUUGCAAACAGCCUCGGCAAUUGCAGCUUACACCGCCCGUGUCACAUUUGGCGCAACACUGAUAGCUUCUUGCUUGAUUGUGUGGGCUGCACUGAUUGCAGUCAUGUCAUCCCGUUCAGACUCGAGCGACAGAAAUGGUGGAAGUUACAGCCGAUCAUACUAUGGAGGGGGUCUGUAUUUCAACAUGUUUGACAUGAUUCGAAUACUGCAGUAUGUCUUCCUCGCGCAGGAGCGUCAGGAGCCUGAGGACAUGAAUUUUUUGGAGUCCAUUUUUUCAGUUGUGUUUGGAGAUGGUGACCCAAACAGAGGUUUUUCUGAGAAACGCUGGAAUGCCAUUGGUCAGUACAUACAGGCCAAAGGAGGUGUUGUGACUGCAGAGGAACUUGCACCAUAUUUGGAUCGUACCAAUCGCAAGGCUGGAUCAGGCGGUUGGGAAUGGGGGGAAGGGGCUGAAGAAGGUUACGUGCUUCCUGCUCUCUUGCGAUUUGGGGGUGAGGCUGAGGUGGACAGUGCAGGCAACCUCUUGUAUGUGUUUCCCAAAAUGCAGGCAACCAGUGCAAAGUGGAAACCACUGGAGACUUUUAGGGGUGCUUUGGGCCAGCCAAGUGCCUCGUACGUUUUAGAGGAGAAAUGGCAAUUGACCAAGGCUAAAAAGGGCCAAGUUGCUGGAGCUGGAUUCUUAGCUGUUGCGAACCUUGUGGGUGUGCUUUGGCUGUCUGCUGAACUGGCUACACGUGCUGUUUGGGGGCCGUGGCUACUUGCGCUGAAAGUGUAUGCUGCCAGUUUCUUCAUCAUACCAGCCAUCAGGUACCUUCAGAUCCAGAAUCGCAAUGCCCAAAUCGAGGAUCGCAACGAUGCACGAUUGUUGGGUGCACGGACGCUAAAGUACCCUAACCGACAACUCACUGAAAAGUUGCGCAGUGCACGAAAGCUGUCCAAGCGGGAAAGGGUGAGGAAAGAAGAUAUUGUGUUCACAACCGCAGAAGAUGUUGAGAAGCAGGCUCAAGACUGGGAAGGAGAAGAGUUUGAUACCCGGCUUUCCAAGUUGUGA